GUCAUGAUGUGUUCGACGAUGGUGUAUUUGUAUUGCUGCAAUUCCUGAAAAUUAAUCUAAAUUUAUAAAUACGGGUUUCUAAUUUUAAUAAGAAGCUUGGGUAAAUAUGGCUACGUUAAUUCAAUCUUACGAACAACAGUAUUCAGUGCUUACUGCGGACAUAACGUCUAAAAUUGGACGACUGAAGUCAGGCCACGAAGAUAAUCGCGAUCAGCUGACACGGGAAAUUCAAGCAAAUUUCGAGGAAGCGAAUGAUCUUCUUGAGCAGCUGGAGCUAGAGUCUCGCGGCAGCGCCGGCUCGCGUGUCGCCGCGUAUCGGGCAGAAUUACAGCGCGUUCGCGAUGAGUACCGCUCUGUCACCAACAAUGCUGGAGGGUACACUGACGCAGAGGAAAACUUCGACGACUGGACAUCAAACGACCAGCGACAGAAACUCCUGGACAACACGGAGCGGCUAGAACGAACAGGGAAAACUCUCACUGAGGGCUACAGGGUGGUCUUAGAGACGGAGCAGAUUGGAGCCGCUGUGCUUCAAGACUUAAGUCUGCAAAGGGAGACUAUUGAGCGGUCUAGAGGAAGGCUCCGUGAAACAGACGAGCAGCUAAACCGGUCCUCGCGCCUGAUGAACUCCAUGAUAAUGAGGGCGCUGCAAGACCGCUUCGUGCUGGUUAUGGUCUUCCUUGUACUCGGUGUGUUGUUGUGCAUCAGCCUCUAUUUCUAUGUCACGUAGCCGUCUGUAACACGUUCACUGUGGUAGGGGGUCGAAAGACCCCAUGCAAAGUAUGGUUAAUUACGAGUUACACUAAUUGCCGCAGCGAGGGUGCCUUCGACUGCCAAAGAUGUCAACUGACGCGCGCGGCUACUCCACAAUACACAGAAUAAGUAAUAGUACUACGGUACAGAAAGGACACUUCCUACAAAACCGAAGUUUGACAGCGGUUCAGGGUCGAAUCAUGAUAUCCCUUUCUAACUUAUGGCACUAUCCCUUUCGGCUAUUUAGGGUUGUCAAAAUUCAUGUAAUCGUGGUCGUGCAUGCAAAGGGACGUCAAGUUGUGUCAACCCUAAUAAUUGCUCGGAGCAAUGCUGAGCCGAACGGAGCCGAGUUUGCCCGAAGUCAGGAGUGUCUCCAAACUGCCCAAUAACAACUUUCGUACAAACAGCAACACUUAAUUGUCCAUCGGUGGACCUAAUGCCUUUCGUAAUAAGGUCCAUCGAUAACCAGUUAAUAGUCUGGGCACUCUGGGCGAUGGUACAUUCCGACAAGGUUCACGAUGACGCGCUGCGCACGAUAGGCGUGGCGUUCAAAGGGGUAUAUCUCGCGACCGCUUUAGAUUUGAAAUGAGGAAAGGUGACAUGAUAGGAGGUAAACUGCCCCCGGCACCUACGCUGAUAUUUAACCUUUUGAACGCCAAACGGCGCAUCCAUUUGCCGUGCCACUGACGCCACUGGGGUAAAAUUUAAUUUUGUGAAUAAAUAAUGCAGUAGAUUUUCAUCAAAAAACGAUUGAUGUCAAAUGCCGUCUUUGGCGUCGUUGUCACGAUUUUUCGUUGACGUCAAUUGCCGUUUGUGGCGUUCAAAAGGCUAAAUAGCCUAACCAAGCCCAUCUACAAAACCAACAAAUUCGUUACUUUAUACACUUAUAUACCUAAAAUUUUUAAAGUAACUUCUUAACCUUUUGAACGCCAAACGGCGCAUCCAUUUGCCGUGCCACUGACGCCACGGGGGUAAAAUUUAGUUUUGUGAAUAAAUAAUACCAACCUAAGUGGGGUGCUUUUCAGUAGAUUUUCUUCAAAAAACGAUCGACGUCAAAUGGCGUCUUUGGGGUCGUUGUCACGAUUUUGCGUUGACGUCAAUUGCCGUCUGUGGCGUUCAAAAGGUUAAUAUUAUUUGCUAUUUCUAACGGACUCUUUGCAGAUCUUGUUGCUUUGUACAAUCAUCUACAUUUAUACAUAUGCUAUUAGAAACAUCCUAUCGCAUCCAGGUAAAUAGAUGGUUUAAAAUUCGCGUGUUUAUGGAUUAUGAUAAAAAUGUAUCAGACAACAAAGCGAAGAAAAAAAAAUGUAUCCCGUUCAUGCCUGGUAGUGCAAAAAACUAUAAUAUGCAUUAUAUUCCGCAAAAAGUGAAAUUUUGUAGCUUUAUGUUAGUGAUAUUUAUUUAGCUUGUUUCAAACAAUUCUGUCCUUCUCGUAGCUUAAUUUAUUCAUAGUUUUUAUAAG